AUGAGAUUUGGUGGAUUAAUCAGAAACCCUAUUCCAGAUUAUAGGGCCACAGAAGAAGGAGCAAGAGGUAAUUAUGCUAGAGUAUGUGUGGAAGUUGACCUCACAAAGCCAUUGCUUACAAAGUACAAGGUUCAGGGGGUUAAGUACCACAUACAAUAUGAGGGAAUGGAAAGAAUAUGGACGAAAUGUGAAAAGUAUGAGAAAUCUACUGACCAGUGUGACGGUAGAGUAGCCUAG